AUGGCGACGCGCAGGAGAUGGCGCAAGGGAGAUGGUGCGAGACGGCGCGAGAGAGAUGGAGUGGGUGAGACUCCAGUACGGGCGAGAAGGUGCGGGCGAGAAGGCGUGGGCGAGAGACGAUGGAGGGAGGCAGAGGGCGGCGCCGAGGCGGGCGAGGCGGAGGAGGGCAGCGUGCGGGCGGAGGUAGGCGACGCGGAUGCGGGCGAGGCAGAGAUGGAGGAGGGCUCGAGGGAGGAGGCGCAGGGCCGGGACGAGGCAGAGGAAGUGGUGUGCGAGGUGGAGGAGGCGAGGCGGGAGGAGCUGAACGACGCGGAGGAGGGCUUGAACGCGGACGCAGGCGAGGCGGACACGGGGGAAAACGAUGCGGACGCAGGCGAGGCGGACGCGGGGGAAGACAAUGCGGACGCGGGCGAGGCGGACGCGGGCAACAUGCGUGGAGAAGGGCAACGGCGAGGCGGGCAAUGCGGAGGAGGCGGGCAACGCGGGGGCGGGCGGCAGGAAGCAGGUGGGCGGUGCGAAAGGGGCGAGAAGCGUAGGCGGAGCAGGGCGAGGAGGAGCAGGACGGGCGAGGAGGGUGGAGGCCAGCGCGGAGAAGGGCGAGGCGGGCGAAGGAGCGCGGUUUGGAGGAGUGUGGUGCGGAGGCGGGCAACGCGGACGGAGGCGGAGGUGGGAGGGUGGCAUGAAGUCACGGGGGUGGGCGGCGCGAAGGAGGCGACAGGGGCGGGCGGAGGAGGUGGCAGGAGCGGGCGGAGGAGGGGAGGACGGGUGGGCGUUGGGAAUACGGCAGGGCAGGGCGGAGGACUCACCAAAACAGGGGCUGCGGUACAUCGCCGUGGCCCCCAUAUUCCAAUCUCCAUACUGGUGACAUCCGGAUGGACGUCCUCAUGCGCCCUCGACGUUGUGAGGGAGGCCGGUAAGACGGUGAGGCUGAGCAGGGAGCAGGCAGUGGAGGAGAGCAAGGAAGGGAGGGACGCGUGGCAUGCAUCACUCGAUGCGCGCCACGCGUCCUUGCCGCCCACUGGGGUGCUGAGAGACGGCGAGGGAGACGGCGUGGGUGAGGGAGACGGUGCGCGGGAGACGGCGUGGGCAAGAGGGUGCAGGCGAGAGACGGCGCGGGCGAGAGACAGCGCGGGCGAGAGACGGCGGAUGCAGGCGAGGGACGGCGCGGGCGAGGGAGACGGUGCACGGGAGACGGCGUAG